ACUGAUGUGUUCUUGAAUCAGCCAAAGCCCUCACACCCCUAGAAGGAGGCAAGCCAACUUACCUGUUGCAACUUUGCACACAGGGGUGUCUUCUCUCCCUCGGUUCAGGCUCAGCUUGGGGCUCUACAGUGAAUGGACUGUAGAUACCAGGGGCUUGUCCAUGGGAGCCCCAAGGCCUGGAGGCUGUCAGAGAUUUGAUGGCUGUCAUCCUUCCACCCCUGAUCUCCAUCCAGGAUCAGCCAGUCACCAAGGGCUCAUACCUUGCCCUCCUGUGCACAAGGCCCCUCCUAGGUGUAUCAUCUCAUCACGAACAGUGUGGGCUUUGGAGCCAGACAGAUGAAGAGCAUGGCAGGGAGCUGAACCUCCACAGCUGCCUGGCCUCAGUCCUGGGACUUUGGCUCAAGGAUGAAGAGAACCAUAGAGCCAGGCCCAGUUCUCAACCUCAUGCCUGCCACAGUGUUGCUGCUCAGCCUCAUCCUUACCGUGGUCCUCCAUGGCUCCUCCUCGGGUUACGGCGUUCCUGCCAUCAGACCGGUGCUGAGCUUCAGCCAGAGGAUUGUCGAUGGGGAGAACGCAGUGCUGGGCUUGUGGCCCUGGCAGGUGUCACUGCAGGCAGUGUGACUCCUGCACACCUGCAGCAGGUGGUUCUGCCCCUGGUCACCGUGAGUCGGUGCCAGCAAUACUGGGGCUCACGCAUCACCAACUCUAUGAUCUGUGCAGGGGCCUCGGGGCCUCCUUGUGCCAGGGUGACUGGAGGCCCGCUUGUCUGCCAGAAGGGGGACACGUGGGUGCUCACUGGUAUUGUCUCCUGGGGCACCAAUGACUGCAACGUGCGCACGCCUGCCACGUACACUCGGGUUAGCAAGUUCGGUACCUGGAUCAAUCAUAGCCUACAGCCAAGCCCACCACAGGCCCUCUCCCCAUCUCAGUCCAAUAAAGACCCCAGGCUCUGUCCUUUUGUGUAUGCCUGUCUGUCUUCCUGGUUCAGGGAAAAGGAGAGGCUCUUGGGGGCCCCAUUUCCCAAGCGGACUUUGUCUUCUGGCACGGCAGGUGUUGAGGAGUCAGGAUCCUCCUAG